AUGGCGUCUCAAAACAAUCCCCCCGCCGGACAGGUCCCACUCAUUGACCCCAACAACGUCGAAACAACAGGCCCCUACAAAGGUCUCCCUAAGCUCCCAGAUGGCAUGGUAUGGCACCAGUUCCCCUACAACUCCCUCUUCCUGUCCGACCCCAUCUGGUACGACUCGCUCGGCAUCAAUCUCCUAGACCGACGCGAGGUAUGGGACAUCACCGACGUUGAGGAACUGCACAAGGUCCUGAAAGAGAUAUACACCGAAUGUCCUAACAAAGGGAUGGAUAUUGUGUUUAAAGCGGCUGUGAAGGGGCGUGCGGAUGUGAUCAGGUGGGCGAUGGGGGAGGGAAUCAAGUUGCAUCCUUCUGGUGGGAAUGGCGGCGCUGGCGGCGAGGCAACUGGUGGUGAGGAAGACGAUAUGAGUUGUGUGCCGGUGCAUGCGGCGGCGGCGAAUGGGAACUUGGAGUGCGUUAAGGUGUUGAUUGAGGAGGGUGGUAUCAUCGUGGAUGCGACGUGUGAGUUGGGUGGAACGCCCGUGAUGCGAGCUGCGCGUGAGAACCAUAACGAUAUCUUGAAAUGGCUCAUCCAGAAAGGUGCGGAUUUGACACUGGCACAAUGGACAGAUGGUCAGGGGGAUUGGAGUGCGCUUGACUUUGCAGCGAGUGCGGGUAAUCUUGAGGGCGUGAAGAUGCUUUAUGACGCAUUGGCAGAGAAAGCACUGGCGGAUGGGAAGGACACUACAAGUAUCAUCACUACGCUGACAGUACAAGCUGCUGCAAACUCGAAGGACUUCAAAACACUCGAGUAUAUUUUGAGCAAGGGCGGCUUUCCGACUCAAUCUAGCGAAGAGGGGAAUGGGUUUCUGGGUGCACAAAUCACGGCUGCCCAAAAAGAAACUAUUCGAUCUGCCCUACACAGAGCUACGAUCGCUGGAUCGGAUGUUCUUGAACUACUCUUUUCCUAUUUGACGCCGAAGAAGGACGGCCAAUUCGAUUAUUUCGACUCUGAUCCAGAGUUGAAAGACAAAUUGUGCAAUGCGGCGGGCAACGCACUUGUCAGAGGCGACAUUGACACAUUCAACUUGGUGUGGAAGACAGGACUAGACGAUCCCAAAUCAGAUAUCAUCGCCGGCGAAGCUCCCGGCUCAAGAUCGAAGCAAGAUGUUCUCGCCAACCUCUUCACCGACGUCUUGCGAGAGGCACCUCUACCCGCCAUCAGGCACCUAGUGCAGCAGUAUGGCGUUGAUCCCCAUACCGCGGUGGACCAGCAUUACUCGUCGGCACUCUACAAAGCUACCUCUUCCAACAACAUCGAAGUUGUCCGGUACUUACUGGAAGAGCAUGCUUUUGAUAUCGAUCUAGCUAGUGGGAAGUUCGCCAACGGUCCUACUGCCCUGGCUAUUGCGGUGUUAGAAGGCCACAAAGACGUGGUGAAACUACUUCUCAAGUAUGGCGGGCCGGUCGAGGUCAUCGAGCAGGAGGUUGAGUUCAAAGAGGCGAGGAAAUUGAUCAUCAGCGCGGCGAUGGUCUACCGACAGGACGUGAAAGUGAUCAUCGCUGGUGCAGAGCGUGAAGCUCGAGAGCAGAAUAGCAAUCAAGGAAGAGUAAUGAUAGUAGUUACUGACGAGGAGGACACUACUUGGUUACAUUCGAUACGAAAGCGGAAGACCGAUGAAGAGUUAAAAGCCGCCGAUAUACAUAAGAGGGAAUUGAGGAAACCAGAUGCUUGA